AUGCUGGAAGAUGAUACGUAUCGGGCAUCUUCGCAAUACCGCUUGUGGUCAUUUACCACCGAGCAACUACAAGACAAGCGUCUAGAGACAAACAGGCUAGCAUGCGAGAAAGUACAGGCUUCUUUCAAGAGGUCACGUCUUGCUGGCAACCUGUCGCUUGUUGCGACCGCGGCCGAUGAUGGUCAUGGCAUAUCAGGACCUUCAAGUACCACUGGCACACCAGAACCCUCGAGCAAACGUGCGGACGAGUUCGAUGGUGAGGUGAAUCCAUUGACAGCAGACGAGGAACAACGCAUGGUACAAUGGGGUUGUGAGAAAAUCCUUGAGCUACAGGACACGAUAUUCCCGAGGCCAGGAGCAAUUGUUGUGUGUACAGCCAUUCAGUUCCUGCGCCGUUUUUACCUGUCUAAUAGUCCUAUGACAUAUCAUCCACGCCAUCUUCUAACAAGCGCUCUGUGGCUCGCCUUCAAAGCAGAGCAUUACACCUUUCUCACACUCACAAAGUUCACUGCUCAGCUACACAAUGUUACAGAUGAUGAUGUGAAGGCGCCAGAGUUCUUGCUUAUGCAGAGUCUGCGAUUCACAUUAGACGUGAAGCAUCCUAUGCGUGGUCUCGAAGGUUGCGUGAGUGAUAUGCAGCGGAUGACAGACCUUGGCGAUUUGGUGGUGGAGAGCAAGAAAGGUGCAGCUAUGAAGGAUCGUAUCGACAGAGCCUUCGCGAAAGGAAGAGCACUUUGUGUUCGUGACGUUCAGAUGACAGAUGCAUACUUCCUCUUCACACCACCACAGAUACAUCUUGCCUGCCUUCUGAUCGUCGACAAGUCACUAACGCUUUCCUACUUGGAGGCCCUCUUCGACCGCCUGACCACACGAGUUGGACCAAUCAAGCAGAAGCUCAUCGACACAAUAGCAGCCUGUGCAAAAGUUAUCGGCUCAUACAAAUCACAGACGGAAGACAAAAGCAAGAAGAAAGAAUUGGCAAGGAUAGGGAAGAAGCUGGCCAAGUGUCAGGAUCCCGAGAAGAAGGAUAUCGUUGGCAACGAAAAGGCCAAGCUAGAGAAGAGUUUCAAGGGAGGUCAAGACAGUGAUGAUGAGGACCGGCGGCAGAAGAAGAGAUUCAAGAAAGAAGACGACGGUGAAGUAUUUGGACCAGGUUUGACAGACGUCAAGCUGGCUGUCUUCGUGAGAACUGAAGAGCCUAACUGCCUGCUAUGUAAAGGCCAGCUUUUUGUUGGAGAGACGGGUGACUUUCACUGUCUUCGUUGCAAGAUCUUCUUCCUUGACUACGACACUCUGACGCCCAUACUAUUUCCUGCCACGAAAUACACAACUCUCGAAACUCUGACACACGCGACAGAAGGUAAGACCACAAGGCCUACGUCGUAUCGACCAGAGUACGUUGAGUAUCUGGAUGACCGUGGGAUUGAGCUCGAAGGUCUGAGACAUAUUGAUGUCUGCAUCGUACCAAAGUACGACUGCAUCGCAGAGGCAGCUCGAGCUACUUCGUGUGCCCCACCGUAUCUUGAGACAUUGGCGGGUGGUGAAGAAGAACCGCCACGAACAAAAGGGCUCGAGGACGAGGACAUUAUAUCCAGUAGGAUCCAAGAUGACAGCACUGGCGGUGGUGUGCUGAGAGAGCAUCUCGACACACCUUCGGUCGACAAGCAACUAGAAGUACAGCUAUCAGACGAUGUGGCAUGGUCCGAGCCGAGUUCCAGAUCCCACGAUGCCAAAGCGGUGCCGCGCAAAAGAGUGACUAUCGUUGAGCCAACUGUGGAGAGAGCACUGACAUCUUCUCAGCUCAAGGGUAGUCUGAAACCUCCAUGCACAGUUCAUUUUCCGGAGGACCCCUAUCCGACGCGGGAGGGCGUUGCGCCUUUUAAGCAAGUCUCGGAUGAAGAUAUUCCUAUCGGUGCUAGAUGGACAAAAAUUAGCCGCGAAUGGGUAAACCCGAGGCACUGGAACGUGCUCGUGGGCGUUUUGAGGAGACAGAGGACUAUGUGA